AUGGGUCUCAUGUACAUGGUUCUCAUCUUGCUGGCUCUUGGGAUCGUCGUUCUCGGAAUAUUUUGCGCCACCGUUUUCACAAGCAUCAUUAGAGCGCUCACAUUCGCACUUCUGUUAUGGCUGGUCCUUGUAUAUCUUGGUGUAAAGUCUCCACCUAUUUAUGAAAGCAUUUGGCUAGUACUUAUCAAUCAAUUCAACAUUGUAGCCGCUUUUAAAAACAUCCUAGAGUCAGUCGAGUACUUGGAUUUACGAGGAACUCCUCUUGGUUUUUCAACAUUGUUCACCUAUGGCGAUAUCCUUGGUCCAGGGAUAUCCCUAAUCUUCAUUAUAUUAGAUAUAAUCAUUUACACUGGAUUAAUAAUAUUAUAUGACUCUAUAGAAUGGGCUGCUUUUAUCACGAAUCUUUACGCUUCUAUAAGAAAGAAAAAGCUGGAACAAUUAAAAAGUCAGUCUGAAAGACACUCUUGGCAUCAAGAUGAGGAAGUACGGCAGUAUUCUCCGGAUAUCGACGCCGAAGAUGUGUCAAAGGUGUGGGAGACCAGUGGCGAAUUGGCUGUGUAUCGUUUCGAAAUCAGAGCUUACACAGGAGAGGUUUCUGUCCUUCUUGGUCACAGUGGUAGUGGUAAAACAACGGCGAUAAAAAUGGUUUGCGGUGAUAUCAUGCCAACCCAAGGCCGGAUCAGAGUCUGUGAGCAGAGUAUCCUGCGAAAGAAAUCGUUCUGUCGUUCAAGAAUCGGAUAUUGCCCUCAGGCAAACAUGUUGUAUAACUCGCUCACAGUUAUGGAACAUAUGUGGUUCUUUUACUCACUGAAACGUGCUCUUAACAAAAGUCAAAGGGCAAAUCAAAGCAAACAUGGGAAACAGAGGCCAACGUACUUAGUGGUAGUCUCGAAAUGGAAGACAUUAAAGAGAAAGUGA